AUGUCGGCAACCUCGGUGGACGACGUUCUUGAAACCCUGCAGCGCGUCGGCAUUUCUGCAUCAGAAUUUAUACUGGUGCUUCUCUCAAGUGAAAAACAUAGCGCUCAUCCAGCUGUAAAAGAUAUCCUGUCUAAUGGGCGUGAAAUUCUUAAUGCUUUUGUGAAACGAGCUACAAGUACCGCGUCCAAAUGGGCUACUGAUAUCGCGAAGGAGAUUUGUGCACGAGAAAUCCAUAACCUCGCUGCUAAGGAUAACGGAACUCAUUUUGAUGUAACGCACACCACGGUGGAGCAACUAGAGGAUUUUAGGGUGGCUGAGUUAGCCAGAAUCAUGGAGAAAUCUGCACCAGCAACAUGGGACUUACUCGAGAGCAUGCUGUCCGGGGGAACAUGA